AUGUGCCAAAAACUCGCAAUUUCGCAAGCCAUAAAUGGACGUUCAUUCAAAUUUAUGGUGGAGGUAGCUCUCGACAUUGCUAAACAGUGGCGAUGGAGCAAACAGCUUGCAAAAAUGCUCGCCGACACACUCAAUUGGUGGGAAACCCUCCCCAUCAGUGCCGAGCACUGUCCAUUGAAGGCAUUUGUAAUCAUAAUCCACUUAAUUGUACCUCAUGCUGCUGACAUCGAGCAUUAUUUCUCAGGUCUGGGUGGGGUACAAUCUGUGAAGUGCUGCAACCUAUCAGUUCAGACUUUCGAGUCUCUGAGCAAACUCCGGGCAAGCUACGCAAAUUUCUUGCACAAGGUGGAUCACGAAGCUGGCAAGCCAGCACGUCGCAAACACGCCCAUAUGCACACUCGGCCAGAGCAUGGACUCGACACAGCCUUGGCAGACGAACUUCAAAGGUCGUUUGCAUGGGUGCCACCACUCGCUGGUGCCUCUCGCAACUCAGAUGACGAAUUUCUUGCAGGUCCCGAGUCAAUCACAGAUGAGAAGCUGCUCGAAGAAUUUGACAGAUUUGAAAACGAGAUGCUGGAGUCACGAGGCUUGCAAGAAGGUACUGGCGAAGUCCCAGAUAUUUUCGGGGGAGAUAUUAUUGAUUGGGAUGAGCUGGAGAAAGUCGAUAAAGGAAUUACACCUGCAGGGUUUGUCGAAGAGAUUGAAGUGGUUGGCCGUGGGUCACAAGGCACGGAGGCAGGCUGGAACAUCAAUGCGCUGUUGACAUCAGGGGUGUAGCAUCCAUGCAAUAGCUUAGAUAAUUUUUUUGCUGUUAUCUUACUAGAACACGCAGAAACCCUCAAAACAAUUCUGCCGACUUUUGCCAUUCUGCCAAUUGCCGUUCUGCCGUUUUUUUGGCAGAACUCGCCCCAAAAUACUUCUGCCCCCUACACUA